AUGACAAUGGAAACCAAGGCCCACGAUAACGACGGCCUCGCCGCACAUAUUGAAUCGAAGGACGGGAUCUCAGUCCAAAAGAUACCCGAUGAGUCAUUUGUCGAAGUAUCCGAUAGGGAGUACAACAGGAUUUUACGAAAGGUCGACUAUCGUGUUAUUCCUAUACUGGCGUCUCUUUACCUGCUCAGCUUUUUGGAUAGAGGUAGGCAGAUUACCCUAGACGCUGCCAAGUUUGGCCAUUUGACUCAUAAAAUUUUCAUUGUGACUACAGGGAGCAUCGGAAAUGCGAAUAUUCAAGGGAUGUCUGAGUCACUUGGAUUGGUCGGUCAACAAUACAACUGGUGUUUGACAAUAUUUUUCUUCCCAUACUCAUUCACCGAGCCGUUGUGUAACUUACUCCUGGUCCGACUGAAGCCGAGCAUUUGGCUGCCGUCGAUCAUGGUGGCUUGGGGUAUUGUGAUGACAUUGACUGGAAUUGUUCAAAACUACUCGGGGUUAUUGGCUGCGAGAUUCUUUCUUGGACUUACUGAAGCUGGGCUAUUCCCGGGACUCGCUUUCUACAUCUCACUAUGGUAUCCUGGUGCAAAUGCGCAAUUCAGACUUUCCCUUAUAUUUGCUUCUGCAUCAAUGGCAGGUGCUUUCUCUGGCCUGUUGGCAUAUCUCAUUAGCAAGAUGGAUGGAAUAGGUGGACUUGAAGGGUGGCGGUGGAUUUUCAUAUUAGAGGGAAUUCUUACAGUUGUGGCUGCUUCAUUCUCUUACCUAUUAGUCUGGGAUGAGCCGGCGACUGCGACCUUUCUUACGGAAGAGGAGAAAAAUGUGAUUCUCAAGGCAUUGAACCCCAUACAGACGGAGGUUUCCAUGAGCCCACAACUUGGAAGUCAACAAUCUGCGAAAUGGGUGCAUAUCAAAGCCGCAUUAUCUGAUUGGCAGACACUUUUUCACUGCCUGAAUUACUGGGGAGUUGCAUGCGCUGUUUACGCACUCUCACUCUUUCUUCCCGCCAUCAUCAAAGGUCUUGGAUACUCGGCAGCCAUCGCUCAACUCCUCACCAUACCGGUUUAUGCAGCAGCCACGGUUUCAUGUAUUCUGAUCGGAUACCUUGCCGACAAAACCGGUCAGCGCAGUCUCUUUACUGUUUUAUGUUAUGGCGCAAUUGUCGUUGGGUAUAUCAUUGCUGUAGCGCCCCCGACAUUUAUGCCUGGUUUGACUUACGCCGGGUGUUUUAUUGCCGCUUGUGGAAUCUACCCUGCUAUACCUGGUCUUCUCGCGCUCUCUUCAAACAAUUGGGCGCCGAAUGCAAAGAGAGCCAUUGGAAUGGCUAUUCAGAUGGGCUUUGGAACCAUGGGUGGAGCUGCUGCUUCCAAUUUCUAUCGUGCCGAAGAUGCCCCAAGAUAUCGGCUUGGCCACAUAUUAGUCCUUGUAUUUGCUGCCAUUGGCUUGGCUACAAUGGUCUUGUAUUAUCUGAUUUGUCGGAGGGUGAAUGCCAAGAGGGAGGCGGAAGCGGACAGUGUUUAUCAGUACACUUCUGAGCAAUUGGUUGAAAUGGGUGACAAGGCACCCAGCUUUAGAUAUAGACUUUAA